AUGACCAGCGAGAUUGUGCUGGAAAGUAGAGCGAAUGUUUUAGGGUUUGAUCAUGAAAAGAAUAUCGAGUUAUUGAGAUCCAAAAUUUUAUAUCAUGAUUUCCAAUAUCCAGUUUUUAGUAUUUCAGAAGAUUGUGAUAGUAUUGUGCAGCUAUACAAUGAAAGAGGAGAAUUUGUACGAGAAUAUACAAACCAUAAGGAGUUCAUAGACAAUUUCGAGAAAGAUAUCGAAUCAAUCCACACUAAAAAUCGUCUCAUUCAAAUGGUGAAUUUUGAUUGGCAAAAAUAUGAGAAACCUAUUGAGAGACUCUUUCAACCUCAAACAUUAUUUCAAUUUCCAACCUUUAUUGAAAAAUAUAGAAAUUCAAUAUUCAUUUCUGACACACAUCACAACCGGAUUGUUCGAAUGAAUUCUGAAGGAGUAAUAGAAUCUGUCUUUGGAGAAGGGAGAAGAGGCUUUAAGGAUGGCUACUUUGCCGAUGCUCGAUUUAACAGACCUAGAGGCCUAUUUUACGACAAAUUGCAAGAAGCCUUACUUAUUGCUGACACUAACAACAAUACUAUUAGACGGUUAGACUUACAUAAUGGUUUUGUAUCCACUUUUAUUCAACCCUCUACUUACCAAAGCACGUUAGGAGAAUCACUUGAUCAUAAUCCACUGAUUACUUCUGGAGAAAACAGUGUAGAAGCAUAUUUACAAAGAGAUGAUCACACUAAAAUGAUAUUGACGGAAGAGUACAUUGAAAAGAAAUUCAUUCUAGAGCGUGAGAAGGAAUGGAGGAAUAAUUACUCAAUGCCAAUUCCAAUUUAUUUUGUUUCUUGCUCAAAAAUUAUUAGUAGGCCAAUAGAUUUAUUUAUAAGCCAUAGUGAAAAUUGUCUUUACAUUGCAGAAGAAGGUUAUGCACAUAUUUGGAGAAUACCUUUGGAUACAGGAAUGGUUGAGGAUGUGUUACCAGAAAUGAUACAUACACACCUUAGAAAUGAUUUUGAGAAGUAUAUUGAACAUGUUUUUCCUACUCUCAAAAAUUGGAAUUCCGAGAAGCGACAUCCUUUUGAGGGAACUCUGUAUCCAGAAUUUUUGUUUUUGAAACAACGAGCAAUAGCGCAUCAGGAUGGUAUCUUCUUUUAUCAUGCCGAGUCUCCAAUAUCUGCUUUCAAGUCCUAUAACGAACCAAUUUUCAUGAAACAAGUUAAAAUCGUCCCUAACAAGAAAGUAGAGCACAGUAUCUACAAUGAUGAUACCAUUAUUUCAGUUCAGAGCUCUACAUUAUAUCGAUCCUCUGAGAUUGGCUUUUUAAAUGCAUUUAUAACGGGAGAAAGUAAGCCAACAUUCAAUAACCCUCACUCAGUUCUAAAGUUUGAUACCAACCUAAUUCUUUCGGACACAUUCAAUCACAAGGUGCGAAAAAUUAGUGUUGCCAAUGGUUUGUCAGAAGACAUUAAGCCAAAAAAUCUCAAUCUUUUAGGAAUGCCAAGCGUGGAAAGUCGAGUAUCCAUUCGCCCAAAUGGCUCUAUCGAUAUGAAUCCCAAUCCAGGCCGAAUUAUUUUAACAGAGCCUGUAACAUAUAUGCCUGGAAGUUGUUUAUUAACAUUACGAUUUUCAAGCUCUGAACACUUUAUCUUUGCUGAGAAACUUCAUAGAAACAUGAUUGACAUCAUAUUUAAGAAUCAUGAUGGAGAAAUUAUCACCAACGCCAUAUCCUACAUACACCAUCCAGAAAAAUUUGAACAAAAUGCUUUUAUUAUUAGUGAGGAUAAUGAUUGGAAGAGUAUCAAGCGAAAGAAUAGAGCAUAUGAUUCCAUUCCAGGCCUUGUUAAGAGCUUUGAAAACCAUCAAAUGGAAAUCUAUGUUCCAUUUGAAUUGCCUGAAAAUAUUGAUGGCGUAGAAAUGGAUGUCAAUGUUGCUUUUUAUCUUUGUCCUGAAAACAUUCGGGACCAAAUAGAUUACAAACAUCCCUUUAGGCUGCAUAAAGGGUUAAACACUAUCUCCUAUGCCCCUUUCAACUUGCAAACAACAUUUGUUAAGGGAUGGAAUCAAAUCUCUGAUGUUAUGGACGAAAUGGAUAAAUCAGAAAGAGGGAAGAUGAGAAAAGAACUGGCUGAAAUAUUAGAAUGGGACUUACAAGAGUCAUUUAACUCUAUUCUAAAGGAAAACUUGCUGUCAAACCAGAAUGACAUUACGGACAAUGAACAACCUCAAAAUUUGGAAGCUAUGGAUUGCAUUGACAAGUCACAAAUUUUCAUUGAUUACUUGACACUGAGAGUGCCAAUUCAAGUAUCUCAUGAAACAACGUUGAAUUUAGAAAAAAAAGAAAAAUUUCUCAAGCACAAUUUUUCGGUUACUGUCAGUGCAUCACCUCCACUCUUUACUGCAAAUUGUAACAAGCAUCAGUAUAUUGCUACGACGAAUAAUGUGUAA